GCAGCUUGGAGGCGGAGCGCCAAGCUAGAGAAGCCAUUCACACUUUGUUAAAGGAUCUGAGCAUUCUGAUAGCAGCCGAGAAGGAUCCGGCAUCCGCACAAUUGAAUGAGACGUUAGCCCAUUGAGAGCCUAAGAUGUAUCCUAGCUCCGAACCGUCUGUCAGAAACCCACAUACAAGAAUAAUAGAGAUCUCAGUUAUUCUUGAACCUUUGCACACCAUCCAGGCUGUCAUAUCUACUUAUUUGAAACUAUGAUGUAUUAACUCAACUCAUGUGGAGGUAUCAGAUUGCUGUAGUCAUGUGUUAACACGAACUCUAUUACAAGAAUAUUAGGAAGAUAAAAGAGAGCAUGGAGAAAAACAACAGAAAAAGAAAGCUACGUGUUUGUGUUGCCACUUGCAAUCGUGCUGAUUAUUCAAAACUGGCGCCCAUCAUGUUUGGCCUAAAGGCAGAUCCAGAUAACUUUGAGCUUGACGUGGUGGUUUUGGGCUCCCAUCUAAUUGAUGAUUACGGGAACACAUAUCGAAUGAUAGAACAGGACGACUUUGACAUUCACGCUAAACUUCACACAAUUGUGAGAGGUGAAGAUGAAGCAUCCAUGGUGGAGUCAGUUGGCUUGGCACUGGUUAAGCUGCCUGAUGUGCUCAACAGGCUCAAACCAGAUGUGAUGAUUGUGCAUGGCGAUCGUUUUGAUGCCUUGGCUCUUGCCACUUCUGCAGCUCUCAUGAACAUUCGAAUCUUGCAUGUGGAAGGUGGUGAGGUGAGCGGCACUAUUGAUGACUCCAUCCGGCAUGCCAUUACAAAGCUAGCACAUUACCAUGUGUGCUGUACUCGCACUGCUGAGCAACACCUCAUUGCUAUGUGUGAGGACCAUGACCGCAUCUUGUUGGCUGGUUGCCCUUCUUAUGAUAUGCUCCUUUCUGCUAUGAAUAAGGAUAAUUAUAUGAGCAUCUUGGAAACCUGGUUAGGAGAAGAUGUGAAGCCACAUGAGUACAUAGUUGCAGUACAGCACCCAGUUACCACAAACAUAAAGCAUUCCUUAAAAAUGUUUGAACUGACCUUGGAUGCCUUAAUUUCCUUCAAUAAGAAAACAUUGAUUCUUUUUCCUAAUAUUGAUGCAGGUAGUAAAGAGAUGGUCCGAGUAAUGAGGAAGAAAGGAAUUGAACAAAAUCCCAAAUUCAGGGCAGUAAAGCAUGUACCAUUUGAACAGUUUAUCCAGCUGGUGGCUCAUGCUGGGUGCAUGAUUGGUAACAGUAGCUGUGGCGUGAGAGAGGCUGGAGCCUUUGGAACACCAGUAAUCAACCUUGGGACCCGACAGACUGGAAGAGAAACAGGUGAAAAUGUACUUCAUGUGCGGGAUGCAGAUACACAAAAUAAAAUAUAUCAUGCAUUGGAGCUACAGUUUGGGAAAAAAUAUCCAUGCUCAAAGAUCUAUGGUGAUGGGAAUGCAGUUCCAAGAAUUCUAAAAUUUCUAAAGACGCUAGAUCUGAAUGAACCACUACAGAAAAAAUUCUGCUUUCCUCCUGUCAAAGAAUGCAUUUCUCAAGACAUUGACUUUAUUCUGGAGACACAAAGUGCCCUUGCUGUGGACCUAGGAGGGACCAAUCUUAGAGUGGCUAUUAUCAGCAUGAAAGGAGACAUAGUACAAAAAUAUACAGAAUCUAACCCAAAAACCUAUGAAGAGAGAAUUGAGCUAAUUUUGAAAAUGUGUGUGAAGGCUGCAUCCGAAGCAGUACGCUUCAACUGUAGGAUACUGGGCGUGGGUAUUUCAACUGGUGGCCGAGUAAAUCCUCAUGAAGGAGUGGUCCUCCACUCCACCAAGUUGAUUCAGGAGUGGAACUCUGUUGAUCUAAGAACACCCAUAUCUGAUGCGCUCCAUCUUCCUGUUUGGGUAGAUAAUGAUGGAAACUGUGCAGCUUUAGCAGAAAAAAAAUUUGGUCAUGGAAAAGGAGUUGAAAACUUUGUCACAGUCAUCACAGGGACAGGUAUUGGAGGUGGAAUUGUUCACAACAAUGAACUGAUUCAUGGCAGCGGUUUCUGUGCAGCAGAGUUGGGACACAUAAUGGUGUCAGUUGAUGGCCCAGAGUGCAUGUGUGGGAGCCAAGGCUGCAUUGAAGCUUAUUCAUCAGGAAUGGCACUGCAGAGAGAGGCCAAGAAGCUACAUGAUGAGGAUCAACUUCUGGUUGAAGGCAUGUCAGUAAAGAACGAUGAGCCUGUCACUGCUAUUCAUCUCAUUCAAGCUGCUCAAAUGGGUAACUCGAAAGCAGACAGCAUUUUAAGAACAGCUGGAGUGGCUCUUGGUGUAGGAAUCGUGAACAUUCUUCAUAUGGUGAACCCCUCUUUGGUGAUCCUCUCUGGAGUGCUAGCCUCUCAUUAUGAAGAAAGUGUCAAGCAUGUGAUCAGCCAGCGGGCCCUGAGCUCCGCACAAGAAGUCACUGUGGCUUCCUCCUUUUUGAAGGAGCCGGCUCUCCUGGGAGCUGCCAGCAUGGUGUUGGACUACGCAACGCGGAGGAUACACUGAAGGAGGCAACUGACCCUUGGCUGUCAAACCUGAAACUUUUUUUUGUUUUAAUUUGAGGUACUAAGGCAGGUACUUAGUAGUUUGUGUUUGUUAAGUCGGUGGGUGGGCUCUUAUGAAUGUCAACGUUGUUUUCUUAAGACGUUAUUUUUUAAAAAGAAAAUGGAGAACGCUGUAAUGUGCACUGCCCCUAAUGUUUGAGACAAAGGCACAUCUUAUUUUGUUGAUUUGUCCCUGGGCUCCACAGUUUUAAGUUUGUAAAUUGACAGUUCACCCGUGUUAAGAGAAUACAUUCUAAGAUUUUAUUAAAGGGUAUUUUUGAUACAUUUUGGUUUUACCAUGUAGAUAUGACGGCACUUUUUAUGUGUUGCCCACCCCCUCAUCCCCAUUUCAUGUCUGGAACACAGUAAUGGUGUUUAUAUAGCAGCACUCGUGUUUAAUAUUUCGUUGCUUGUGCCUUGCAUGCAAUGACUGCUUGAAAUGUGUGAUUCAUAAACACCCCCAGGGGCCGAGUAUCCUCUCCAGUGAUGCUCUGCCAGGCCUCUAUUUCAGCUUACUGUGGGGGGCUCGUCCCUUUACAUUUUCAUUUCAGAAUAAAUGGAAAGCAUGCUCAGUUGGAUUUAGACCGAGUGACUGCCUUGGUCAUUCAUGCAUUUUUCCAGGUUUUAACUUUGUUGCCUUAGCAGUAUGGUUGGGAUCGUUGUCCCGUUGUUGAAUGAACUUGGUGGCAUUUGCUUGGACUUGAGCAGAUGACUUCAUUCUGAUAUGCCAUCAGGAGCUCCAAAUAUAUGAAGGUAAGUGUGUACCUGAGGCUGCCAUAUAUACCCGAACACAACAUUCCCACCACCAUGUUUUAACAGAUGAGGUGGUCUUUGGAUCUUGGGCAGUUCCUUUUCACGUCCACACUUUCUUCUUUCCAUCACUCUAAUGACACACGUUCAUCUUGGCGUGAUCUGUCCACAAGAUCUUUUUUUAAGAAUUCAGUAGACUUUUUCAAGUAAUUCUUCGGCAGCUGUAAUUUGGUCAUCCUGUUUCUGUAGCUAACUAGGGGCUUUCAUCUUUCAGUGUACUGCUUGUGUUUCUGUUUAUGAAAUCUUCUGUGGAUGGUAAUCAUUGGCGUGUCCACCCCGGCCUCCUGAAAACUGUUUCUGAUCUGUCAGACAAACGUUUGGAGAUUUUUCUUCAUUAUGGGUGAGAAUUCUUCUGUCAUCAGCAGUGGAGGACUUCCUUGGCCCACCAGUGCAUUUGCAAUUACGAAGCUCACCACUUCACCCUUUCUUUAUAAUGAUGUUUCACACAGUUGACUUCGAUCAUCCUAAGGUUGGCUGAUGUAUCUCCGUGUUUUAUGCUUGUUUUUCGGCCUCAUAAUGGCUUCUUUGACCUUCAUUGACGCAAGUCUGUCCUUCAUGAUGAAAAAUGACAACAGACGACCCCAAAGGUGAUGAAAAACUAGAUGGUGGAAGCUCUCUCAUACUUGCACCGAUGACAGGUGUGUUCAAUCUCCCAGACAUUAUGGCAUCCUGAAAUGAGGUGGUCCUGUAUAGAAAGUGCUGAUAUUUCUACAUGAUGAAACCAAAAUGUAUAAAAGUAACCUGAGACUGUGAAAUUCAAUCAGUAAUGAAUUGUUUGAUUAUAAAAUUGAAACUGUGUAGCACAAGGAUAAAUAAAGGAGAAAUGUGUCUUUAUCCCAAACAUUAUGGCGGACACUGUAGAAGAAGAUAACAUUGACAGAGAGGAAGCCCUUCAGUCCAUCAGGUUUGUUUGUUUAGCUAAUAGCUGAGAUGAUCCCAAUAUCUCAUCCAGGUCCACCUUAAAGGUUGUCAGAGUUUCUUCUUCAACUACGUGGCUGGGUAGUUUCUUCCAGACUCUUGCAACUCUUUGUUUAAAGAAGUCCUUUCUGCCAUCCUAACAAGAAACCCCAUAGCCCUAUGCUCUUCUGUGACAACAAGCUAGAUGCUGAAUGUGUAGAGACACAUUUUGAGGUGAUGAGGGAGAUAACUCAGGUAGUUAGUCAGUAAACGUCACAGCGGGUCUCCACACAGAAACAGAAGAGCGGGUUCCCCGGGUUUCCUCUGUAAAACAGAAGGGGAUAUGUGGGCUUCGAUUUCAUGGGAUUCGAUCAGCUACACCAAUUGCUGUUGCAGGGAUGUCGGGUAGACUUCAUCACACAAAGAAGACCACUUGUGGCCAAAUUAGCCGGACUUCUUAGAAUCUUUUAUUAUGCAACAUUCGUUUUUAUGAAAUGCGUAGAAGAAAGUAUUAAAUAGGGUCACGGGUUCACUCCAUCACAAAUUGUUUUUUCUGUGUUGCUGAUGCAUUUGGUUAAGGCUGGUUAAUAAAAGAAGGAAUCGUGCUAAUGUUUUCCUUUUAUGGGACCUAAACACUUUUAAUUCUUUUUUUAUAUUGUAGAUGUUUUUUAAUUAAUUUUUUUUUUUUUUUGACCUUACCAUGUCUAUUUAUUGCUUGUAAUUGGAAAAAGUGUAAAUAAAUGAUGGAGUACAAGUCUGUCCAUUCAAAGUAAAA